CUUGGCCUCACUCUGCGCCUGUGCUGAAUCCCAGCUGGAGCUGCGGUGCGGGAAGUGAUGCCCAGGUUGGGCUCUCAGGCCCCGCGGUACGCGGGUAGGCCCGCAAUGCACACGCGCAGGCCGAGCACCCGCGUCAAUAAAUGAGCGGAGAGCACGCUCCGCACGUCCUGCGCGCCCAGCUGCCAGCAUUCGUCUCUGCCGCCACUCCGCGCCCGCGUCUGAAGAGCGAUGCCCCGGGAGAUCAUCACCCUGCAGCUGGGCCAGUGCGGCAACCAGAUUGGGUUCGAGUUCUGGAAACAACUAUGCGCCGAGCACGGUAUCAGCCCCGAGGGCAUCGUGGAGGAGUUCGCCACUGAGGGCACUGACCGCAAGGACGUCUUUUUCUACCAGGCAGACGAUGAGCACUACAUCCCCAGGGCGGUGCUGCUGGACCUGGAGCCCCGGGUGAUCCACUCCAUUCUCAACUCCCCCUAUGCCAAGCUGUAUAACCCAGAGAACAUCUACCUGUCAGAGCACGGAGGAGGAGCUGGCAACAACUGGGCCAGCGGAUUCUCCCAGGGUGAGAAAAUCCAUGAAGACAUUUUUGACAUCAUAGACCGAGAAGCAGAUGGCAGUGAUAGCCUAGAGACUGCCUCUCCAUCCCUCCUCAUGCAGGGCUUCGUGCUGUGUCAUUCUAUCGCUGGGGGGACAGGUUCUGGCCUGGGCUCCUACCUUCUGGAACGACUGAAUGACAGGUAUCCCAAGAAGCUAGUGCAAACAUACUCAGUGUUUCCCAACCAAGAUGAGAUGAGCGAUGUGGUGGUGCAGCCCUACAACUCACUGCUCACGCUCAAGAGGCUGACCCAGAAUGCAGACUGUGUGGUGGUGCUGGACAACACGGCCCUGAACCGGAUUGCCACAGACCGUCUGCACAUCCAGAACCCGUCCUUCUCCCAGAUCAACCAGCUGGUGUCCACCAUCAUGUCCGCCAGCACCACCACGCUGCGCUACCCCGGCUACAUGAACAACGACCUCAUUGGCCUCAUCGCCUCGCUCAUUCCCACACCACGGCUCCACUUCCUCAUGACCGGCUACACCCCCCUCACCACAGACCAGUCGGUGGCCAGCGUGAGGAAAACCACGGUCCUGGACGUCAUGAGGCGGCUGCUGCAGCCCAAGAACGUGAUGGUGUCCACAGGCCGGGAUCGCCAGACCAACCACUGCUACAUCGCCAUCCUCAACAUCAUCCAGGGGGAGGUGGACCCCACCCAGGUCCACAAGAGCCUGCAGAGGAUCCGGGAACGGAAGUUGGCCAACUUCAUCCCCUGGGGCCCAGCCAGCAUCCAGGUGGCGCUGUCGAGGAAGUCUCCCUACCUGCCCUCAGCCCACCGGGUCAGUGGGCUCAUGAUGGCCAAUCAUACCAGCAUCUCCUCGCUUUUUGAAAGUUCCUGCCAGCAGUAUGACAAGUUGCGGAAGCGGGAGGCCUUUCUGGAGCAGUUCCGCAAGGAGGACAUUUUCAAGGAGAACUUUGAUGAGCUGGACAGGUCCAGGGAGGUUGUGCAGGAGCUCAUUGAUGAGUACCAUGCAGCCACGCGGCCGGACUACAUCUCCUGGGGCACCCAGGAGCAGUGACUUCCUCCCCACCACUUCCCCUGGGAAGUAAGCACAGCUCCCAUCAUGUCUGGGCCCUCUGACCAAAAUUGCCCUUUCCAACCUUUCUAGGUUCAUCUCCAGCCCAGGAGCUGUCCCUACUUCUUCUCUUUCCUGCCCCUUGAAAUGCUUAUUUAGCUCUAAUAACGUAAUAAAGCUUGGUUGUGAAUAUA